AUGAAGCUCUCCACCGCUCUUGUGGCAUCACUGUGCACUACCGGACUAGCCGCUCCAGUUUCGGCCCCGGUUACCUCGGUCAUUGCUCUUUCCGGUUCGAUUGUCCAGGGCCGUUCCCUCGACAAGCAGCACCACGGUUUUCUCCACAAGUUGCGGGCCAGCUUGUUUUCGGUCAAAAAGGCCGACAACAAUGACAAUGAGGGAGAUUCAUCCGACUCUAGCGGCAGCCCUGGCAACUCAGCGUUAGGGAGUGGCCCCAGCUUUAGUUCCGGCUCGAAUUCGGGCUUCGGUGGCGAUGAUGCUACCAGCACUUCCUCUGCUUCUGCUUUCUUUCCGACUGGCACCGGCUCAUUCCCAUCUCGUGGCGGUGGAGGUGGUCAUGGUGGUCACGGCCAAGGUCAAGGCGGUUUCCGUGGUGGCAACUCUACCAAGACUGGUCCGGGUGGCCCCGACUUUGGUAACGGUGCCACAGGCACGGGUGGUGCUUCCUUCUCAACGGGCACCGAUGACACAUUCCCGUUUCCUACCGGGACUGGUGACGCUUUUUUCCCAACGGGCGCGGGUGACGCUUUCCCGUUUCCUACCGGAACUGGUGGCGUUUCCUUCCCAACGGACACGGAUGACGCUUUCCCGUUUCCUACCGGGACUGGUGAUGCUUUCUUCCCAACGGGCACAGAUGACGCAUUCCCAUUUCCUACCGGAACUGGUGACGCUUUCUUCCCAACGAGUACGGAUGACGCUUUCCCGUUUCCUACCGGAACUGGUGACGCUUUUUUCCCAACGGGCACGGGUGACGCUUUCCUGUUUCCCACAGGAACUGCUGAUGUUUCAUUCCCGACGAGCACGAGCGACUCUGGAUCGGCAACGGAGACGUAA